AUGCGGAACAACUACGAAUCUCUUCGACAAAGCCAACAGGUCGUGAGUAGCUUCUCCAUGGCGUGCGCGGAGGCCCUGCAGCAGUUGGGAUUGCCGCUGCGCCGUGAGAGACGGCUCUGCGGAGGAAACGAGCAUGACAUUGUGGUGGGGAUCCGAGAUGGGGCAGCAGCUGUCGAGGACGCACCUCCGCCGCCGCUGCUCUUCUUAGACGCCGACUCCCCACUCUACGGCGCACCGAUUGCAUUCCCGCCAGCCCCAGUGGACGCCCUGCUGCUGAUGACGGGCGCGCCCAAGUGCAGCUCACGCACAGAGGGCGGGGAUCUGCUGUUAGCAACAAUGGAGUCUGACAGCUCGGGUGGCUCAUCGACAGGCGCGGAGAAAAACGCGGCUGCCAGCGCAGAUGAUUUGGAGCACAUUGCCGUGUGGGGCGCCAUCACGCCGGGCCUCGAGGAAGUAAUUGCAAGCCUUCAGAACGUCGAUGUCGCAGACAUCGUGCGCCUCAUGGAAACAGUUACAUACUUCAAAUGGGUGAAGGAUGAAGAAGUGUUGGGGUGGCGAAAUGGGUCUGAGGCAGCGCGGUUGCGUAUGGAUGUUUCCGCGCUUCACGCUGCUGUAUCGGGGAACUCCAAAGCAACAGCAGCAACAACGCAACACCCUGCCGACGUUGGUGAACUGCGUCUUGCAGUGGAACGCGCGGCAGAGACGUUCAUUGACCGUAUUCCCCGCAUCGAUCGCGUGGGGAUGGCAACACAAGCGGCGGCGAUGGAUUCAGCUGCUUCGUCUUUGGCACCACACGUGCACGUCAUUGACCUCAUGCUGAACGUUCUGAUCCGCGUUUGUCUGUGGCAGUGGCCUGGUGUGGCGUUUGGUGACCAGACGUUCGUUGUGCUGCUGUGCACAUUCCCUUGGUUUGUUCGAGAUCUAAGUGUGGAAGCGGCGUCGUGGAUGACGUACUUCCACCUGCGCGCGCUAAUGGCCGGUGACAUGGGCAUGAGCCACCAGCAAACAUUCCUCUACGUGCAGCGCCUCCGUCGCCUCUGCUGGCCGGCUGCCCACGACGUGGACUCCGCCCUUGUGCGUAAGCUGUUUCUGCUGGAGAAGGCGCCAGCCGAGGCGGACGGCGAUGAUACAGGACCGAAUGAUGUAGGGGAGGCGCAAGAGCAACUGAAACACCAGUCGAAGGUACAAAAAACCAGGGCCGAUAUUGUUCCCUCUUUUCGAGAAACGGUGUGUAUUCUUUACGGUAGCUUCAGAAAGCAGCGUGUGGCCUACGAGCUCUUGCUGCUGUGGCUGAAGCAUGCCCAUCCAGCAGACCUUCACCGCACUUCCCCUCACUCACACUACAUUAGCGCCACCGGUGUUACCAUCUCUGACAUUGAUCGCUUUGUGACGGAGCGUUUGUGCGCCAAACAGGAGGAGAGACAGUGGGUCUUGCUGCGCGCGUCUGUUGACAACGCUGCCGCCGCUGCUGCUGUGGAGCACCUCACACAAUGCUGCCAGACACCAUACGUUUUGACGCGUCUGUUUAUGUGCAGCUACCACAAUGUUCUCCCACACAUUUGGCAGAGUAUUGGCGCGAGGCGGAGGAAUUUGCUUUGGGCUGCAUGGCUGCGCGGUGUCGCCAAGCCGCUGGUGAACGUCGUCCUCAUGAAUCCGACAGCGAAAGAAAAAGGUGCUUGGCGGUUUUUGGAGCCUUUAAUAGUUAUCUUGACCUCUGACGUUAUCUUUCUGCGCCUGAUUACGCGCCUUGUCAUUGUCUCGUUGGUCGAGCUAUGUUCAGUGGGCAAUAGUCAACCGCUAGAAGAGUCGUGCACACGCCUUAUUGAAGUUGUCUACAUUGGCGCUCUUGUUCUCCACUGCAGCACCGAUACUGCGUCGAGUGGCGGUGAUCUUGCUGAGGCAGCGUCUGCCGCAGCUGCAGCUCCUGUGGCAGCGGGCGUUUCUACGAUGGAUGGGCGGCAGCAGCAGCCUACGAUCGUUGCGAUCCGGCGUCCAUUCAAGGAAGCCGUCAGUACGCUGGUGCGAGAACUGGGCUCUGAGCACGUGCCGAUGGCCCAGCACCUCCUUGAAGCCUUGUUUGAGCUAGAGAGUAGCAACGCGGUGAGAACAGAGGUGCCUCAGAGCAUUAAGUGGGAAGUCUUGCAAAUCUGCGACGAGGAGUCUCACAACAUGGUGAAGGAGUGGCUGAGCCGUAGGGCUUCCCUCGCGCAGGAGCCGGAUGUGCCGUUGGAGGAGCCUCUCCUCCGCGAAUGGCAUCAGGCGGUGCAGGGGGCGGAUGCCGGUCUCUCAGUGCCGCUGCCCGACCUGCUGGAGUGCUGCCGCCGUCUGCUGGGGCUGCUGAAGAAGCGACACGGUCCCCUCGUGGCCGAACAGCAUCAACAGCUUGCCAGUGCUGCGGGUGAUACGAAAGCAACUACGGCAGUGUUCACCGCGGGUGAGCUGCAAGUGGUGCUGAGUGUGCUAUCCAGGGCAAUUCUUUCACGCAUUCCCUCCACGAGAGUCUUGGGAGUGCCAUCGAUUGCGCAUGAAGUCGCCUCUCUCACGUCAUCCACAAAUGGUGACGUGUGGAGCGGCGGCAGUAGUAGUAGUAGCAGCAGAAACAACAGCAGCGCCGCUACCACCAGCAGCAGCACUAGUAGUACUAAUAGUAACAGCGUUGGCCGGAAGGACCAAGAGGCACAAACGGCUGUUGUGGUUGCCGACGCUGCUACAGAUCGAGUGGUGCUGCUAGAGAAGGUUCUGUCUGUAGAAGUCACAGCCAAGGCGCACGAGCUCCCAUUUACCUCACUCCUCGAGGCCAUCAUGCUGCACCUCGUGCCGUACAGCACGUUGCAGAUCCCAUACAACACACUGCAUGAAGGGCGGGGACAAGGCUGCGCCCACUGGCACGCAUUGGUUCAGCAGCUGGAAAAGAGCAUUCAAACUCGGCGUCAUUACCGUCUCACUUGUAACCUCGUGCUAUUCCGUUGCUACGCCUUCGCGGCGCCGCAGGAUCAGGGCUGGCAGGAUGGUGCACCAACGCGUAGGACCAGCCAUCAGGAUUGCGAUGGCACUGCGGCAUCCAACAUCGAAAGCCGCCUGCUGCAGAAAAUAACGUGUCUGCUGCUGAAGGCCUUGGUACGAUCCGAGAUGAAGCACAGUGUCCUACAGAAAAACAAAAAGUUGGCGGUAGCAGCGGAUGUUGUUGCUGCGACAGAGCAGGAGCCAGAGGCGCGGCUCGAGCAGGUAGAGCGUAUCCUUGGAUGCCACGCGCUGGCGGCUUACAUGCGCCUUGGGUCCUCCGCACCCGGGCCUCUUUCACUACGCGACGCCUAUGAGGUCUUCUUGCAUCGUGGCGCGGAGGCCGCUGCAAGAAUCGCAGGCCCGCACAACGACAGCGACUUGCUGUUCCUAUGGCUGGCCGCGAGCGCAACGGUGGUGGGAGUGCACUUCCACCCAGCACGGGUGUACACCUGGCCAAUCACGGGAGGGUCAACAGCAUCAUCACCGCCAGGUGAAUCAGGUGGGGAGGUGCGGUGCACGUCGGUGGAGGAGAGGACGGCGCGACUCGUUUGCGAUCUUGCUCCGUACGUGCAAACAGAGCUCCUUCGCACAAGCCCACGGCUGAAGUUUGUUGUGAACACUGUUGUGGCGCUGCAGGCGUUUGGGCGUUUGGGCAUCAACAUUGACGCGAGUUCCCUCAACUUGGAUCAGCUCCUGCAACGCGCGAGUGCAGAUCGCCGACUGCUCCACCGUCAUCUCAACCUCUUUCUCAUCGGAUGCUCUGCGUUGCCCAGCACACGGCAGGCGUUGCUGAACACCGCCUCUUAUCUCCGCGAGGUGCGAAACAUUCUCUCGCCAGCGGAGAUUGCGCGUGCCUUCGUGGCGAUCACAUUGUCGGCCAACGCGUUCGCAAAGCAGCACGAGGCGCAGGCUGACCUGCAGCAGCAUGGCAACCUGCUCGACGUUGCCCACAGCACAGCCCCCACGAUGCGUGUGACACCGACGCAACUCCGCCACGCGUGGAGUGCACUGGCACGCCGCGUGCUGGAAUUUGUCGAGGAGGUGCCGACGCAUGUUUUGGUGAAGGGCGUGGAGUGCGCUGGUGCUGUGGCGUGCGUGGACACACUUGUAUACCAGCAGCUUCUUUCUGUCCUGGUGGAGUUUCGGCAGGAUGAGCUUUCGCUGUUGCAUUGGGUAGUGAUGCUGCGGACGGCGCGGCAGUCCUUCGAGAACCAAAGGGAAUUCGGGGAGUACCUGCGUCAGCCACUGCAGUCAUUUCUGCUUGCGCUGGAGACACCAGACGCUGGGGCCUGCGCACAGGUGCAGCAAGGACAACAGAAGCAGGACGACGAGCCUAAUCCAGCACAGUUGGGGGAGGAACUCUGCCUUUUUGUGGAAGCACUGCCGGAGCUGUUCAUGGAGGAUGCCGAAUUCUGGGGGCUCCUGCGCCGUGCUCUUCGAGUGCAAUGGAUGACGCACUUCAACGACGCUGGUGCGAGCGAGCAGCAGCAAGAGGCAGCCGCCAUGUGGCUUCAGGAGCUCACAAAGAGUUAUGCAUGGGCCUUGCGCACCGCCGGGCAUCACGACUUGAGCGAUGUUCCGAUACUGUGA